AUGGACACCCCAGGACGCGCUGCUUUUUUGUGUAGCGGUACGGCCGCUUUCCACCCUCCCAUUUGGGCGUGUAUGCCCGUAGAGAUCAAUUCGCAUGCCAGACUCGACGCUUUUCGUGAAAACCGUCAUUGUGCUACGUACAUGGUGGCAACACAGCGUGUGAAUCUCUUUGGUCGCGAUCAGGAAAGCUGUGAUCACGUGCUGGGCAAUCCAUCGAUCUCGAGAAAGCACGCGGCUGUUAUUCACGAUAAUGAAGGCGGUAUUUAUAUGGUGGAUCUCAUGUCACGGCAUGGAACGUAUGUAGGUCGCAAGAAGAUUCCACCGCACGAUCCCUAUCUUUUACACGAUGGAGACGUUAUCAGGUUUGGACAGAGUGUUCGUGUAUACAUUCUCAAGGGCGCUGGCUCAGACGGCAACAGUGCUCCUGUAAAGAAAUCAUGGGGACGCAAACUACGCGUUCCACGCAUUAAUAUUAAAUCAGUAGUCCCGAAGAGGAGUUCGAACAAACCAAAAGCUUCGUCGGCAGUGACCAAACUCGUGAAUGCGGUUUGUUAUGGCACACUCAAGGAUGAAAAGGUGGCGACGUUUGUUACGGGAGUGUUAGAGCUUGGUGAGAACGACAGACAGGGAAUGGCAGACACACUGGUGGAGAGACUUCAAGCCAAAUUCGAGUUUUAUGCUACCCAUGUUCACCGCAACGCAUUUGUCGCUACUAUGGCUCUUUUGAAGCAGAACUUAUGUGUCAAAGAACUGGAGAAGAACCUCGAUGUUUUUACCCAUAUUUCUCAGCAGCGGAACGACAACAUGUAUCGUGCGGAUGCUCGGAAGCUUUUACAAGCAAUCGCCGCUGUCCGGCUGGAUCCCGACAACCCACAGUUUAACGACGUAGACUGUACUGAAGAGGAUGUUGGCUCUGCUUGCCCUGCCACAGUAAACAACCGAGAAGGAAGGGAACGGUCAAUCAGUGAUGAAGGAAAGAAAUUGUUCUUGGCUAAUCAUGGCAUUCAGUACUCUGGCCGUACAGAAUCGGUGGGAACGAUCAGCGAGUCGGGAUUGCAUUACAGGGAGACUAUCACUCACAUCGAUCCUCGCUACCAGGCACCCCAUCGUAUAUCAAGCAAUGAGUGUGACGAAGAGUCUCAUUUGGGAGCAACGAGCGACGGAUACACGCCCUCCAUCAGCUUAGUGGCUGACAGCGGAACAAAGCAGCCCAUUCUGAACAGUGAGAAGAGCUUGGGCUCUAAUUUUAUUGGACAAUCAGCACCAGAAGCGGACAAAUCCAACGAGUCUGCGUUCGGAUUUAUUGCUGGCUCUGAUUUUGUAGACGACGCUUCCUCUAGAGGUAGUUCAACAGAUCAAUCUUCUGGCCAACCCGUCUCUGGCGUUGCGCCCCAACGCCCUCCCGUUUCUGCUGACACGUUCUUGCUCGAGUAUCCAUCAGUGGAUGGCAGUACAUUUGAUGAUUUGUGGGAAUCGGCGAAUGACGAAUCAGAGGAGUGGUCGAUGGACCUCGGCUCAAUCGAUGCUCAUGAGCUGGAUCCGCACGACUUGCAGGUGUUUCUGCAGUCGUAUCGAAUGAUAUGCGUAUCUAGCGAGAAGGUUGGUGGCCAGCAACAAUGGCUUUUUGUCGCAGAACAGGUUUGCGAAGGAACGCUCUUUUUGGUAGACAUCUCCGUCAUGCCGGGUUUGGCCGACAUGUCAGUAACAUUGAAGUGGAUUGUCAACUCGCUUCUCUACAGAAACGGCCAUGUAGUUUUCAUGAAAAUCCUCAAAUUCGCGCUUUACCAGUUUGCUGAGCAGGCGCAAGUGCGUGUAGGAAGGACACCCCUGCCGCCGCAACAGGUGCAUUAUCGUGAUCACAUGCGUGAAUCAAGGCAAAAUCAUGUGAAGCAAUUACAACAUAAUGGAAGAGAAUCUGAAUCUACCAUGGCGAACCCAGCUUCGUACGCGGCAUCAAAACGCGCGUCUCGAACGACAUCAUACGCAACAUCUCAUGAUGCUAGAAAUGAAGUUGAGGAUGCUGACGAGGAAGCAAUGUCAGCCCGCGAUUACUUGUGCGAGAGUCCUGUAAUUGACGCAGGCAAAUUUGAACAGGUUUGGGCAACGGCAACAGAAAUCGCGCAACUAUCGUACACGCUGAACGAAUUGCCUGAGGUGGACGAAGUUAUUGAACUCUUCCGCAAGAACUGUAUGAGCUGUUUGGCGAGCGGCAGUGUGGACAGGCUGGUCAAGUUCUUUUUCUUUGCCGAAAUGCCCGAGAUUCAAUGCAUGUUUUGUGUACAAAUGUCGUUUGGUGUGGACACUGGUGCCUUGGAAGGAACAGUUAAGCGGCUUGCUACUACUACCAAGAACCAUAGCGAAGAGGAAGAGAUUGACUUGAGUUUUGUUAGUUUCAUUAAAGAGGUCAUUCAAGAGCUGUAA